AUGAGGUUCCUCGCGGCCGCCCUCCUGCUAGCGUGGGUGGCUGGUGCCGCCGCCGCCGCGGCCGUGCCCGUGGUCCCCUGGCGCGUGCCCUGCCCCCCGCAGUGUGCCUGCCAGAUCCGGCCCUGGUACACGCCCCGCUCGUCCUACCGAGAGGCCACCACCGUGGACUGCAACGACCUGUUCCUGACGGCCGUGCCCCCCGCGCUGCCCGCGGGCACGCAGACCCUGCUCCUGCAGAGCAACGGCAUCGUCCGCGUGGACCGGAGCGAGCUCGGCUACCUGGCCAACCUCACGGAGCUGGACCUGUCCCAGAACAGCUUCUCCGACGCCCGGGACUGCGACUUCCGGGCGCUGCCCCAGCUGCUGAGCCUGCACCUGGAGGAGAACCAGCUGACCCGCCUGGAGGACCACAGCUUCGCGGGGCUGGCCGGCCUGCAGGAGCUCUAUCUCAACCACAACCAGCUGCGCCGCAUCGCCCCCCGGGCCUUCGCCGGCCUCGGCAACCUGCUGCGGCUGCACCUCAACUCCAACCUGCUGCGGGCCGUGGACAGCCGCUGGUUCGAGGCGCUGCCCAGCCUGGAGAUCCUCAUGAUCGGGGGCAACCAGGUGGACGCCCUCCUGGACAUGAGCUUCCGGCCGCUGGCCAGCCUGCGCAGCCUGGUGCUGGCGGGCAUGAGCCUCCGGGAGAUCUCCAGCUACGCCCUGGAGGGGCUGCGCAGCCUGGAGAGCCUCUCCUUCUACGACAACCAGCUGGCCCGGGUGCCCCGGCGGGCGCUGGAGCAGGUGCCCGGGCUCAAGUUCCUGGACCUGAACAAGAACCCGCUGCAGCGGGUGGGGCCGGGGGACUUCGCCAACAUGCUGCACCUCAAGGAGCUGGGCCUGAACAACAUGGAGGAGCUGGUCUCCAUCGACAAGUUCGCCCUGGUCAACCUGCCCGAGCUGACCAAGCUGGACGUCGCCAACAACCCCCGGCUGUCCUUCGUCCACCCCCGCGCCUUCCACCGCCUGCCCCGGCUGGAGACCCUCAUGCUCAACAACAACGCGCUCAGUGCCUUGCACCGGCAGACGGUGGAGUCCCUGCCCCACCUGCAGGAGGUGGGCCUCCACGGCAACCCCAUCCGCUGCGACUGCGUCAUCCGCUGGGCCAACGCCACCGGCACCCGCGUCCGCUUCAUCGAGCCGCAGUCCACCCUGUGCGCCGAGCCGCCCGACCUGCAGCGCCGCCCGGUGCGGGAGGUGCCCUUCCGGGAGAUGGCGGACCGCUGCCUGCCCCUCAUCUCGCCCCGCAGCUUCCCGCCCCGCCUCCGCGUGGCCGCCGGGCAGAGCCUGGUGCUGCACUGCCGGGCGCUGGCCGAGCCGGAGCCCGAGGUCUACUGGGUCACGCCGGCGGGGGCCCGGCUGACCGCGGACGCCCGCGCGGGCAGGAGGCGCCGGGUGCACCCCGAGGGGACCCUGGAGCUGCGGAGGGUGACGGCGGCCGAGGCGGGGCUGUACACCUGCGUGGCCCAGAACCUGGUGGGGGCCGACACCAAGACGGUCAGUGUGGAGGUGGGCCGGGCUCCCCGGAAGCGAGGCCGGGACAAGGCGGGGUGGGGGCUGGAGCUCCGGGUGCAGGAGACCCACCCCUAUCGCAUCCUGCUCUCUUGGGUCCCCCCACCCAACACCAUGGCCGCCAACCUCACCUGGGCCAGCGCCGCCUCCGCCCCCCGGGGCCAGGGGGCCGCCGCUCUGGCCCGCCUGCCCCGGGGCACCCACAGCUACAACAUCACCCGCCUCCUUCAGGCCACGGAGUACUGGGCCUGCCUGCGAGUGGCCUUCGCCGACGCCCACACCCAGGUGGCCUGCGUGUGGGCGAGAACUAAGGAGGCUGCUCCCUGCCACCGGGCCUUAGGGGGCCGGCCCGGGCUCAUGGCCGUCCUGGUCCUGGCUGUCCUCCUGCUGACCGCCGGCAGAGCCGCCCACCGGGGCCCCGGCCAGCCCCGGCAGGGGGUGGGCGGGCGGCCUCUCCUUCCAGCUUGGGCCUUCUGGGGCUGGGGUGCCCCCUCGGUCCGGGUGGUGUCUGCACCCCUCGUCCGGCCCUGGAAUCUGGGGAGGAAGCUGCCCGCGUCCUUAGAAGGAGAAGAGACCCUGUCGCCACCUUUGUCUCACGAUCCCUGGAGCUCGGCCUGUCCUCAGCCGUAG